AUGUUGGUAUGUCCUAUCGAAAUUUACAGUAAGAUUGUGAUGAUCUCUUAGAAAGUAAUCGAGUGAAAGUACAGUUAUUCUCUUUCUACACCUAACAUAUUGAGUUUGUAGUAUUUUCUUAGAGGCUCUAAAUUGUACAGCAUCUUUUCUCUUUUAUAUUUUGUUGUUGAGGACUUGAAAUAAAUAUAAUCUUGAAUAUCGUGCUUGAUUUGGGAGUGAUGUCUAAGCCGGCGAUUGGCGUUAAGCGGGUUAAUUUGGAGAUAACGGUGUGUUAAGUAACGCCGAGAGUGAAACGGAGAACAGUCUUGAUAGUUAUGAAAACUUUGCUCUUAUUAUUAAUAAUUUUUGUGGAAAAUGUGCGACUUUCAGUGACUAAGACGGAAAAAUAUGAUCCUUGUAAUAAUUACUACGAAUAUGCUUGUAAUAAAGAUGCCCCAGAUGGAGAUGUAUUUGAAGAAAUGGCUAAACAAAAUAGCCUCAAGGUUAUAAAAGUGUUGAACCAAGGAAAUACUGUAAGUCAGGACCCUUUCUAACAGGUAGACAGACACCAAUGAUCCAACGAUAUAAGAGCGUUGGUGCAAGAUUUUUGAAAAAAAAGACAAAAUUUCGCUGUAUUUAAUUUUUAACCAUUAUUCCCCGAAAUCGAAAUUUUUUCAAAAUUUACAUUCUUUUUCACCGCUCUUAUACAUGUUGUACACUUUCAAAAAAUAAGUAACACUUUUCGCAGCCAAAUUCCAGCUUUUGGCUGAGAUAUUCCCGUCAGUUCUGGAGCAGAUGUCUGUGGGAAAAACGACUCAAAUUAUUAUCAACAACGAGGAAGGAGACAUUUAAUAAUCCCGAAGAGAUUUGCUUCAAAGAAAUGACUAGACGGAAAGAGUUUUGGAAUUCGAUUAAUCGGAUAUUUCUCGACCAAACCUUGCCCAAUAUUGAUGACAAAAGGGCCGAAUUUGUAGAUGAUGUCAGUCUAAUAACUGCAAAUAUACUUACGGCGUUAAAGGUAGUUCAAAUUUAGAGUUAUAAUAGGCAUGCAAGAGGGCAAAGAUUUUGGAUAUUUAGGAACGAAUUUCCUCCAUGGCCUGGAUCUCCGAAGAAGCCCAGGACGCCUUGUUCGCGAAGAUAGCUGCUGUAGAAGUGAUCACUGUUUACAUUGAUGAAAUCGAAGAGGAUCGCUUCAUCGACGAACAGUUCUUCAAGGCCCAUCCCUUCCAAACCCCUCUUAUCAUCGAUUCUCUGGCUCCGUUUAAUUAUCAGACCAACGGUGGAAUCUUCCCUCUAGGCAUGCUACAGCCACCCAUAUUUGGAAGUGAAGAUACACCCGAAACUUACGGUAGAUUGGCCUUUUUGAUCGCACAAUUUUUGGGGCAUCCCAUCAACAAUGUGGCCAUCAGAGAUGGGGAUUCGUACAGGGUUUACUGGAAUUAUACAACUGAAUUUGAUACUGUAUUCAAUUGCUUUAAAGAGCAAUAUCAUCGAUUUGACGGGUAUUCGGAGAAAUUCACAGAGGAAAAUAUAGCCGACUUUAUUGGUAGGAUCCAGAAUAAUAUAAUUUACCUAAAUUAAGGUCUUUCUGCCGCAUACACUGCAUUCAAUAAGGAAAUAAAACCUCAGGACGAUCAGAUCCGUCUCCGAAAGCAAUUCUUCAGGAGUUUUACCAAACUUUUUUGCUCGACUUCCUCUACAAAGCCCGGAUAUUCCCGACAAACAGCGCCUUAUCUCUACCGAGUUAUGGGGGCUCUGCAAAACAUGCCCGAAUUCUCUGAUACCUUCAGCUGUAAAGAGGGCGAUAAGUACUUUAAAAAGGAUCGAUGUGAUUUAUGGAAUCUAAAAUUGUGA